UACAACACUCAAGGCGUAGAACUUAUCGGUGGCGAUUCUUGUUAAUUGUCGGUGUCACUCGAGACAAAGCGGUCAUGCUGGUCUUCGCCUUGGCUCUCGUACUGCUGCAUCCCAGCUUAGCGGUCGAACGGUACUACACACGCCCAGCCGAAGUCUGCAUGCCGUUCAACUUACCGGGCCCAGAAGAUCCUUGCCGUCCAGGAGGUUUCUACGAUUUUUUCUAUAAGAGGUGUACCGGUUACAGACCGGGGGACUUAUGCUUCCAGUGUCACAAAGGAGUGUAUUGCGAAGAACGGGUGCCACUGGAAGAGUGCUACUUGGACGCUAGUUUGCACCAUCCGUUCGUGUACGACGAGUAUUGGUCUCUCUUCGGUGGAGCGCCGUGCGACCGCGUUCCGAAUCCGUACAGGCUGUCGUACAUGUUUGGGACGGCUGGCACCGGUUAUCCUGUGACAUCUAGAGGAAUGCUCAUGAAACCUCUCGACGAACUUACUCGCCAACUUCAUGCUAUGGUGGGAAAUGCUGAAACGGAAGGUCGGAUCAUUGUACCUUCAGUUGGAGCAACACAAGGAAUCGUGGCGGCUCUCUACGCGCUGUCUCAGACCGUCAUAGAGGAAGAGGGCGUUGAAGUGGCCGAUGUUUAUGUGCAGUCUCCAUAUUAUAACCAUCUACCGUGGUUGACAGAGAAUCUCUUGAAGACGACAAAGUGGAAUCUAGAUGCUGAUCCUACAAAGAACACAACGAUUGAAAUUGUUACCUGGGCAAACAAUCCUGAUGGACAGCUAUUGCCACCAAAGCAACCAAACAAGAGGAGAAGAUUCUUUGAUCUCAGCUACUAUUGGCCUACAUUUGUUAAAAACAUUACCAAAGUGGAUGACGAUAUUAUGGUGUUUUCUGGUUCUAAGAACAACGGCUUAGCAGGAUCUCGUUCGGGAUGGGUGAUUGUGAAGGAAGGCGACUUGUCUGAGAAAGUCAUGGAUUUUGUUGGAAAUGAAACUCUGGCGGUGGCUAUUGAUACGCAAAUACGACAGAUUUUGCACACAGAAAAAAUUAUAGAAAGCCAUCAGUCUGAGAGUCCUUAUGGUGGUUUCUACGACUACAUGAGCAGACUGAAUUAUAAUCGUAUUAGGAUUUUGACUCAAUUGUUUGAGACGAGUGAGAACUACACGUUCAUGAAUGCUGAGCUGGGCACUAUUGGAGCGGUGGCAUGGGUCAAGUGCAAUAUGCCUGAUUGCAACUGCUUUGAUCUGUUUAACGAAAUUGGUUUGCUGGGUGAAGAGGGCGAGCUGUUUGGAGCUUCAAAAGCAUAUCUUCGCCUCUCUCUUGGCAAUCCAAAUAUCGAGUUUCGUACAAUGCUGUUGAAAAUAUACACUCGCCUGCAUGGUGAACUGCCGAGCAUUGAGGCAGAGAACGAGGUGCUUGAAGAUCUUGAGAGAUCGUGACAAGUCAAACUGUGAGACGGUAUUGAUUGUGAGAAGUUGGCGGCUGUUUGCUGGUCCAGUUUUGGUUUUGAUGUGAUGUGUGCAUCUUGACGUAGUCUAUUGUUGCAGAAGCUGCUGCGUUGUGACUUCACUUGCUCGUAUAUUAUUCUUUGUUAAGUUAUUGAUUGUUGCUUGCAGUGAAA